UCUUGCUCCUCUCCUCUCCGCAGUUCGCCUCACAGUACGUUUUCCCGUUCGCUCCCGUUGCCUUUACGCGCCAGUCGACGUCUGCAGAUAAACACACACACACAUACACACACACACACACACACACACACACACACACACACACAGUAGCCUGGUGUACCCUCACAGCACUCACACAUCCCCCAUCGAUGGAGGUAUAUAUCGAAUACUCACACUGGGAGUCACUAUCACCUUCUACAAAACUGCCGUCCUUAAUUUCUGCUGAGGAUUUUUCAUCAAGAGGGAAGCCUAAAUGUUUUUUUUUCUCCCUCGUUUGAGUUGAUCAAAAUGUUGGAGACAUGUCUAUUGACUCAGAGUCUCGUUCAAAGCGCAGAGCUCGGAAUCUUAGCGGACUGACUGAAGGGGAUUCCGGAUCAAUUAUUUAUCUCCUUCCCCCGACGGAGCAAGAGUUUGCAUGCAAAAGGUGGUUUAUUUCGGCAAGAUAAGCCUUGUCCUCCAUCCCUCCUCCUCCACCACCACACCACCAUGGCUGAGACAGACGGACCUAAGACCCCCCUCAACACUCCACGGGGUAACAACCACCCAGGGGUAACCUCCCUCCCCCCAGAGCCCAUCCAAAUCAUCCGCACCAAGGCCAGCUCCAGGAGGGUCCGGGUCAACGUCGGAGGUCUAAACCACGAGGUCCUGUGGCGGACGUUGGACCGGCUCCCACGCACCCGCCUGGGUAAGCUUCGCGACUGCAACACCCACGAGAGCCUGAUGGAGGUCUGCGAUGACUACAGUCUCCAUGAGAACGAAUAUUUCUUUGACCGGCACCCUGGCGCCUUCACCUCCAUCCUCAACUUCUACCGCACAGGGAAGCUGCACAUGAUGGAGGAGAUGUGCGCCCUGUCGUUCGGUCAGGAGCUGGACUACUGGGGUGUAGAUGAGAUCUACCUGGAGUCCUGCUGCCAGGCCCGGUACCACCAGAAGAAAGAACAGAUGAACGAGGAGCUGCGGAGGGAGGCGGAGACGCUGAAAGAAAGAGAGGGAGAAAUAGAGUUUGAUAACAUCUGCUGCCAGGAGAAGAGGAAGAAGCUUUGGGACCUCCUGGAGAAACCCAGCUCCUCCCUACCUGCCAAAAUCCUGGCCAUCCUAUCUAUCCUGUUCAUCAUUCUCUCCACUAUCGCCUUGUCCCUCAACACUCUACCAGAGCUCCAGGUGCUAGAUGAGUUCGGCCAGGCCAACGACAACCCCCAGCUGGCCCAUGUAGAAGCCAUCUGCAUCGCCUGGUUUACCAUGGAGUACCUCCUCCGCUUCCUCUCCUCACCCAACAAAUGGAAGUUCUUCAAAGGUCCCCUGAACGUCAUUGACCUGCUGGCCAUCCUCCCUUAUUACGUCACCAUCUUCCUGACGGAAUCCAACAAGAGCGUUCUACAGUUCCAGAACGUCCGGCGUGUGGUGCAGAUAUUCCGGAUCAUGAGAAUAUUGAGGAUUCUGAAGCUGGCCAGGCAUUCCACAGGGCUGCAGUCUCUAGGCUUCACCCUGAGGCGGAGUUACAACGAGCUGGGCCUGCUCAUCCUCUUCCUGGCCAUGGGCAUUAUGAUCUUCUCCAGCCUCGUCUUCUUCGCCGAGAAGGACGAAGACGCCACCAAGUUUACCAGCAUCCCCGCCUCCUUCUGGUGGGCCACCAUCACUAUGACUACGGUGGGUUACGGUGACAUCUACCCUCAGACUCUGCUGGGUAAGAUAGUCGGGGGGCUCUGCUGUAUCGCCGGGGUGUUGGUCAUCGCUCUGCCCAUCCCCAUUAUCGUCAACAAUUUCUCUGAGUUCUACAAGGAGCAGAAGAGACAGGAGAAGGCUAUAAAGAGGCGGGAGGCUCUGGAGAGGGCCAAGAGGAACGGUAGUAUCGUCUCCAUGAACCUGAAGGACGCGUUCGCCCGGAGUAUGGAGCUGAUGGAUGUAGUCGUGGAGAAAGGAGGAGAGGACAACCACCCGUCUCCCAGCUGGGCCGGCACGCCCAGACACACCGCCUCCGACAUCAGCCUGAGGUCGUUGGAUAAGAAAUACCCCGAGUCCGUCCUCCUGGGGUCCACCCACCGCAUCACCAUCACCACCAGUGGUAGCCCCGAGCUGAGGCCCCUCAGUAGCUUUCAGUAUAGAGGCCGUAUCCCAGAAUUCAGAGGCAGUACCUCUCAGCUUCUUAACGCUCAGAACCUGGAGAUCAUGUUCAACCAGCUGACCAAGUCUCAGUCCUUUACCAACCUCAACACUUCCUGCUCUGUGAGCACUAUGAGCACCUCCGCCACCACGGCAACCUCGGUAUCUUCGCGGCAACAGCACCCAGGGUCCCCGCCCUCCCCGGCCCGGCCACAACAGGAAGUGGAGCAGGAGAGGCAGGAAGUCCCACCCUCUUCCUGGACAGAGCCCCUACUGAAGGAAAGCGAAGCAGUACGCAGCCUGUCGAGCAUGGACAGCUUCGCCAGCUGCAGGGCUGAGUUCGGGGAGGGCUCUGGAUACGGAAGAAAGUUCCCUCCAUCUCUAGACCUCCUCCCAGAAUCGAGGGUCAACGAUGCCCAAAGCCUCCAGGACGCUGCCUCCCUCAAAGACAGCAUGUAUGAGUUUGUCCCCUACAACCAAGAUGGCGGCACACAGUUCCCGAGAGACGACGUAGAGAACAUCCGUAGCACCCUGAGAGACGGCAUCAACCCUGUCGUCAAGGGGACCAAAGAGCUAAAGGUCAACUUCAUCAAGGGCCCACCCAACGAGCCCCCCCCGACACCACCCAGCACCGCCUCUCCCCAUGACAUCAGCUUCAGCUUCCUGGAGAAUGAAUCGCCAGAGAGGGAGACCUCGCUGCGCCUCCCCAGCACAAAGGCCGUCACCCUGGGCACAGAAGACGAGACCAGCCCCCUGUCCCUCGAGAGGCUGGUGGUGGACACCCCGCCAGGGGAUGAGGACUCCCCGGACCAGGGUCUCGGGGGUCAAGGUUCGUCCAACGAGGAGAAGAAUCAGAUGGAAGCGGCGGGAACGGCAGGGGGGACACCGCCUGGGAACUGCACCCAGGAUGUGGUGGUGGUGGUGGGAGGAAGGGCAGGUGGGGAGGGCAAAGGUCGACAGCAACCCAAGUCAGAGAACCACAUGUUUACACCAGAGAUUCACCUGAUGCCCGGGGACGCCAGUAUGUCCCCGACCUACGAAACCAGCAUGUAACCCACUGGAACUACGUUUAAUUAACCUAACCUUGACCUGCUGAAAAAGACGAAGAAGAAUGAGGAGAUAUUGGAGAGGUGAGAUGAGAGGAAAAAGGGAACACAGAUAGCGAAAUAGUGGAAGAGAUAUUUGCAUGGCAUGACAAGUCCCUUUUCUACGUAUGUUGUGUAUUGCUGAAACAGACACUGCAGCGGUUUACUGCUGAAACAGACACUGCAGUACUUAUGCAGAAUUAGGAGGAAAGACGGGGAGGAGAAACGUGUGGGGCUCAAAACUAGAAACUCAUACGGACAGAGAUCAUUUAUCCAAGUAUGAGGACAUUUUUGAUCCUGAUGUAUAUUUCAACCGUGUUCCUUUUUAUUCUAGCAACAAAAUGCACGGAGGGAUUUAUCUUUAAAAAGCAUGCAUUUAAAAAGAAAAAAUACAUAUUAAGAACUUGGAUGAAAGCGUUCCACUGUACAGAAUAUGACAACAAAGUCAAUGCACAGAAGAAGAGACAGAAGAUAUCCAUGUUUUGCCAAAAGGUACAAAUAUUUCCAAUGUGAGGAGAAUGGAGGUAAAUACAUUGACAGACCUCAGACAGAGUGUGUAUCCCAAAUGGCACCCUUUACCUUCAACUGUAUAGUGCACAACUCUUUCCCUAUAUAGAGUAGUGCACUACAUAGGGCAUAGGAUACCAUUUGGGAUGUCGCCAGAGUGUUGCGACCUAUGACAAACAUAUCACAACCUUACGUGGAAAUGCAAUGUGCAAUAACCACGGCAACUAUGUCAUGUUUUUUGGAGUUAAUGAUGAGAUUUAUGUAUGAACUUUAAUGUCAUUAACCUUAUUAUUAAAAGACCUUAGGUUAAAUGACCAGAAUAUUAUUAUUUUAAAUUAUUAUUUUUGUUAGAAAGAAGAGGAUGGUAAAAAACAAAACGUUUCUUCCUCUCGAGUACACACAACUAUAAGUUGCCUAAAUCUGUAGUUAGUGAGGACAACUGGCAAAUGCUUCAGCUACUAGCCUAAACAUAAUAAAUCAACAUAUUUAUAUCAGCAAGCAACAUAGGUUUAUAGAAAGAAUAAAAAUCAUGAGGGUGGUUGAAAUACAACACUGUACCUUUUCCACUUCUAUGAUUCCAUCCAAAAUAUCACACUAAUAAUAAUAUGUACUUCUGAAUGUAACUUUUACGGAUUUAAAAUUCUCUAAAAUACAGUAAAGUAGGCCUACAGUUAAGUUAGUUAAGAUAAUCCUAGAGGCUUUCUAUCAGGGUAGUGGGGAGGUUCCAACUUAAUAACAAGUUAUUUAUCAACCUGAUAGAUAUGUUAGUCUUUGAUUCUUGCAUAUGCUACCGUAAGCUCUUCCUUUAGACAAUGUGAACAAUGGUACAUCCCAUAACACCUUGUUUCACUAUGUAGGGCACUACUUUUGACCAGAGUCCCAUGGUUACAAAUAAUACUAUAGUCAUGGGUUCUGGUCAAAAAGGAGUGCGCUAUGUAAGGAAUAGGGUUUCAUGAUGGAAACAACCAAUGAUAGAACAUCACAGAGAAAAACGUAUAGAAUAUUUUAGCUUUUAUCUAUCAAUCUAUCAGUGCAUCCAAACUGCUCAAUGACGUUACCAGUAAAUGUGUUCUUUUAUUUUCCCUCAUGGGUGGUGGGUCUGUAGUACCAUCAUACCUGGUGGGUCUGUAGUACCAUCAUACCUGGUUGGUCUGUAGUACCAUCAUA